CGCGCAUCCAACACGCCCACCAACAUCGUCGCCCGCACCAAUUUUUGCUGCGGCCUUUAAACCCACAAAGACCCAGCAUCGCUCGUCACGCCUCUCCCGAGCACAGCCUGUUGAGCAGGAUCCGUCUGUUGGGCCCCCGUCGCUCCACCACUCAGCGCUCGCCGGCCUCAGCCUCCGGCGCCUAUAUCACUUUAAAGCAACCUCGCUCUAUCAUCGCCGCAGAGCACUUCUCCUACAUCCUCACGACGCCAGCUGCCACUUCCAGCAAUCACAAUGGCAGACCUGCAGGGCCGCAAGGUGUUCAAGGUGUUCAACCAAGAGUUCAUCGUGGACGAGCGCUACAAUGUCACCAAGGAGCUCGGCCAGGGCGCUUAUGGCAUAGUCUGUGCUGCCACGAACAACCAGACGGGCGAGGGUGUUGCGAUCAAGAAGGUCACCAACGUCUUCUCCAAGAAGAUUCUCGCGAAGCGCGCUCUGCGCGAGAUCAAGCUACUGCAGCAUUUCCGAGGACACCGCAAUAUAACAUGCCUAUACGAUAUGGAUAUUCCGCGACCAGAAAACUUCAAUGAGUGCUAUCUAUACGAAGAGCUGAUGGAGUGCGAUUUGGCCGCCAUCAUCCGUUCGGGCCAGCCCCUGACCGACGCCCAUUUCCAGUCAUUCAUCUACCAGAUCCUGUGUGGUUUGAAGUAUAUUCACUCCGCCAAUGUCUUGCAUCGUGAUCUGAAACCCGGAAAUCUGCUUGUCAAUGCCGACUGCGAGCUCAAGAUCUGCGAUUUCGGUCUGGCAAGAGGGUUCUCCAUGGAUCCCGAGGAGAAUGCUGGAUACAUGACUGAAUACGUAGCCACGAGAUGGUACCGCGCUCCGGAAAUCAUGCUGAGCUUCCAAAGCUACACCAAAGCUAUCGAUGUUUGGUCGGUUGGCUGCAUCUUAGCCGAACUGCUCGGCGGGAAGCCCUUCUUCAAGGGCCGUGACUACGUCGACCAGCUCAACCAGAUUCUCCACUACCUUGGUACCCCGAACGAAGAGACUCUCUGCCGAAUUGGUUCUCCUCGUGCACAGGAAUACGUCCGCAACCUGCCCUAUAUGCAGAAAGUCUCUUUCCAGUCCCUUUUCCGCAACGCCAAUCCCGAUGCACUAGACCUCCUCGAUCGUAUGCUCGCAUUCGAUCCGUCCUCCCGAAUCAGCGUCGAAGAGGCUCUCGAGCACCGCUACCUCCAUAUCUGGCACGACGCGUCCGACGAGCCGUCCUGCGUCACUACUUUCGACUUUGCCUUCGAAGUCGUCGAAGACAUUCCCGAGAUGAAGAAGAUGAUCUUGGCUGAGGUCAACCGCUUCCGCCAGCAGGUUCGCGUCCAGCCGCAGCAAGGACAACAACACGCACUAGCUCCGCAAGGAAACAACGUUCCGAUCCCGGAGCACUACGAUCCUCGCGCUUACGAGAAUCCCAGACCACAUGAGGCCCAGCAGUACAUGGGCGAGGGGCUGGAAAGUGACCUUCAGGGUCUAGAUGGGCGAGGAGGGGUCGUGCAUCACGGCAUGAGGUAAAGCCGUGCGUUGAACGCUAAACCUUUCCGAUAAUCAUUGCGCGUGUAUAGAUGUGGGGGAAAAUAGGUUUUGCUGGGUGGUGGGAAAUAACUUUGCUGCGACUUGUGGGAGAUCGCAAAUGUCGGGAUGGAUGGGUGGCAUUUCCAUGCGAACUUUUCUGCUUGAGCGGUGGUACGGCUCGCUGCACUCAUUGAUUGAUGAAGCACACACAUGCAACGCAAGCCCGCUUUCUGCUUCUCAUAGCCUCAUUUAUUCGCCC